CUAGUGAGUUAGACAAAUGACGAUACUUUGAACUAGUGUCUGGUGUCUGCUUCGAGGUUAUUGUGAAGAUUAAGAAAUAUUAUAGUGUUGUGUUUAAAAUCAAUGAAUUGGGAUCAUUGUGCGUGAUAUAAUUGAGGCUAUUUUAAUUCUUUGCCAAGUGUUUUUAUUUGAUCUCUGAGUAUUGGAAAGUUGACAUUUCAUUAUGCCUGAUAACGCAAAAGGUGCAAUUUCCCUACUUCAUAGGGGUGUUCAGUUGGAUUCUGAAAAGAGAUACACUGAAGCUCUUGUACAUUAUCAAGAAGGUUUACAGAUGUUAAUUGACGCGAUGAAAUGUAUGUCAGAUCCAGUAAAGAAGAAACAAGUACAUCAAAAAAUUGAAGAAUAUAUGUCAAGAGCAGAACGUUUAAAACAAUAUGUUAAUAAGCAGAAGGAGGAAGGAAAGUAUCAUGAACAAAUAAAAAUAGAAGAUAAUUCUACAGGUAAUGGUUAUCAAAAAGUAUUUGGCAGAUUUCUUAGUGAGGAUGUGGAAGAAAUAAGAAUUGAAGAUCCAUAUAUUCGAGCUUAUCAUCAGUGCCAGAAUUUUCUGAGAUUUUGUGAACUUGCUUGCAAAUCAUGUCCACAACUUAAAAGAAUAUUUUUAACAACAACAAGAGAAGGAGAUGAUAAGAAAGAUAAAGAACAAGAAGGUUGGCUUUCAAAACUAUUUGCUAGUCUCCUUCAGCAGUCUAUCACCCUUACAGUUGUUUACUCUUCUACCCUUCAUGACCGGCAAAUCAUUUUGAGUAAUGGAUGGAUCAUUAAAAUUGGUCGUGGCCUUGACUAUUUCAAAGCUCCUGAAAAUAACAUGUCUUUGGGAAGCUGUGAUGUUGAUCUCCGGCGCUGUCAUGAGACUGUAGUUGAUGUUUUCCAUAACAGUGCAGUUCGAUCCUCUUGAAUCAAUUUCACAGGACAAAUGACAUCUUGUUUGGGCAUGACAUGAGGAAUAUAAGAAAAUUGAUUUCAAAUGAAGCUGAAUUAUCAAGAGAUUUGUAACUACUUUCGUGGGAUAUCUCUUCUGAAAACAAUGAGAAAAUGAGUCAGCCGUCUUCAGCAGAAAUAGAACUUGGUUUGUACAAAUACAAUUUUGAUUUUUUACUUAUCGAGUUCUGAAUAUGUUUGUACUUGAUAAACAGUUUUUGAAAAUGUCUUGCCAUACAGUCUACUUUAUUGAAGAAUGCAUCUUUAAAAUGCAUCAUGCCCAGCAAAAUAAAUUUGUUAUAAUUUCUUUUUUAAGUUUUAAUUGUGAGCUUACAUGGAUAUAAUUUGACAUUUAUUUAGUCAAAAUUGAAUGAUUAAAAUUCAAUUGUGUGAAUAUCAGUUGUUUCCCUUAUUCUUUAAUUAAAAAGGAUAAUGCAAUAUGUACAUCAAGAAAUACUGCAGUAUUUAUAAUUAGUUUGUAUUAUAAUAAUACCAGUUUAUGCAGUGAAAUUGAUGGUAUUUGGAAAUAAGCAUUUUAAAAAGAAACUACGAGCUAAAGCAAUCAACAAAACUUUUGUAUUAUGUAUUUUGUCCAAUAUCAAAAGUUUGGUUGUUAAUUUUUAAGUUUUGUUGCGGGUGCUAUGUAAUUUGUACAUAUGAAUAUUUUAUAUAAAAAAUGUACCUGCUUUCUCCUUCAGGAUUUUGUUUGAGACUGAUGCCAUCUUUUAAAAAGAUUAAAAAUUAUUUGUGAGUGUAAUUGUAUAAAUAUCACAUGCGUAUGAAAUGCUUUGAUAGGAAAACAUUACAGUCAGAUUUCUACAUAAACAUGUUUUAUUACUAUAUCAAGGGAUUUUUGACUUGAAUGAUAUGAAUUUAUUGAAUUUAAUGAACAACUUCAAUGUUAAUGAUAAUGUUGAUUGUGUUAUAAAACAUGGAAUCCUACUCUCUUCUCUUUAUGGCAAAUAAUGUUAGUAUUCUAUUCUUCAAAUAUAGUUGUGUAUUUUAAGUUUGUUGUUUGAACAGACUGCUUUGUACUUAAUCACUGCAUGAACUUUUGCAGUGUAACCUACGUGCAUUUGAAAUACAUUCUAAUGUUUAUAUUAAAUCUGAGAGGAUUUUGUACUCAAAAGAUCUCAAUUCACUUAACACAACAAUUUAAUUUACUGUUUUAAAAAAGAAAGACAGCAAAUACACAAUAAUUGCACAUAAAUUGUCUGUAGGAUGUGUAAGAAUUCAUAAAAAUAAAGGUCUUCAACAUACACACAUUUAAUAUAUUUGUAAUUUAUACAUCUUAAAAAACAAUAAAAAAUGUUUAUACAAUAACUGUACAGUAACAAAUUAUUUUCUGAAAACCUAAUUGACAACAUUAAUCAAUACCUUGGCGUUCUGUCCUGAAAUGAUCACUUUGCAGUUGGUUAUAUAGAAUUACAAUCUGGAAAUAAGUAGAAGAAUUGUGUAAAUUUAAAAUUAAAUUACUAUUUGUGACUCGUUAUUUGUCAUGUUUUUAGAGGAGAUCAAUCAAGGGAUGUAAAUGUGGAGAUUUUGAUAAACAUGGCACAUUCUAGAGAUAAUUAAUGCAGAUGUUUUAACAAUAAAUAUUACAAACGAGUUAAGAAAUAUACCUUUGGUGUUGAGAUAUCUCUACACAUAACUUUCUUGUCGUGAUGAGUAAAGAAGGAAUGAGUCUAACAAUCGAGGUUCCACUAGUUCAAGGGCAUCGAGAUCUUCAAUUACUUGGGUUCCACAGUUUGCAGCAAUCUUUCUCAAAGCAGCCAAACAUGCCACAAGAACUCCAUCACUGUGAUUACGUUCUCUUUCAUCUCUGCACAAACGUACUAAUCGCGUGACACCUUGUAGGACUACUACUUGCUCAGCAACAGCAGGAUCACUGCAGAGUCUGGAGAGCGCGAUGGCCGACUUGUGCUGCAGGCGCUCGGCCGCGGCGAUCUCGGGCUGGUCCUGCAGGGGCGAGGCGCGCACCUGCAGGAAGCAGAGCAGCGCGACGACGGCGCGCUCGUGGGCGAGGCGCGCGCGCGACUCGGG